AUGAUCGGAACACGGGCAAGGACGAUCGUCUGUGGUCUUGUGAUUGUGAUCGUGAGCCAAGUGGCCGGGGAGUACGAGGGACAGAGCUCGGAAGUCCUCGAGUCACCGCGGCUGGAGAGGAUGCACUCGGAAAGGUCGAACGACUGCGUGGGCAACAACUGCAUCGUACACCAUGCGGAGGGAGCAUUGGGCGCCAUAUGGUUCGGGCCACGAUUGGGCAGACGACGACGAUCCGAUGCCAAAUACUCUGGCAAGACUGUGGAGACCCUCGGCGAGGUGCUUGGAGUGCCGAGCUUAAACCUCGUCGGCAUCUCUGAUGCCGUGAACAAGCGUCAGGAGCUCGCGUACUCGCGGCGAGAGGGUCGCGAGUUCGGGAACAAUUACUCCACGCGCAACCUCGUGCGUGGCUUGCUGCAUCACGUCGAGGAGCAGCCGCCAGGACGGCCGGAGCACCAGCUUACUCUGCCGAUGAUAUUCACCCCGCGUCUCGGACGCAGCUACGCGACACCGACGCUCGAGCGCGAGAUCCACGACCUGCUGCGGAAGCUCCAGCUGCAAGCUCAGUAA